AUGAUGGCUUGUUUGGAAGAAAAACUAGAAUCUCAGAAUCUCAGAAUCUCAGAAUCUCAGAAUCUUGGAAUCUUAGAAUCUCAGAAUCUUGGAAUCUCACAAUCUCAGAAUCUUGGAAUCUCAGAAUCUCAGAAUCUCAGAAUCUCAGAAUCUCAGAAUCUCAGAAUCUCAGAAUCUCAGAAUCUCAGAAUCUUAGAAUCUCAGAAUCUCAGAAUCUCAGAAUCUCAGAAUCUCAGAAUCUCAGAAUCUCAGAAUCUCAGAAUCUCAGAAUCUCAGAAUCUCAGAAACUCAGAAUCUCAUAAUCUCAUAAUCUCAAAAUAUCAGAAUAUCAGAAUAUCAGAAUAUCAAAAUCUCAGAAUCUCAGAAUCUCAGAAUCUCAGAAUCUCAGAAUCUCAUAAUCUCAGAAUCUCAGAAUCUCAGAAUCUGAAUUUCUGA